GGACCAUCCCAAGUAUUUUGCCAUUGCAGAGUGAACUUUGUCCGAUCUUGUGGUCUGAUUGUGAUUCAAGUGCGACAAUGCUUAGUUGUUCCCAUGACAAUUGCAUGUUGAUAAUAGACGGUGAGGGACAAAGAGAUAAUGUGAGAGCAGCCUAUUUCAGCAAAAGGAAGAUGUGUAGAUCCGCAGACAUAUUUCAAGUUUUUUUGGUGUUUGCAACCAUUGUUUCUGCGAACCAAUGGACCAGUGUAUCCAGCAUGUACUGUCAGGAUUUGUCAGCAAGUGUGUAUCGACCCCACAGCGUCUCCAUAACCGAGUUUGGUGCUGUUGGAGAUGGUAUUACUCUUAAUACAAAAUCAUUCCAGAAUGCAAUCUUCUACCUCACCUCAUUUGCAAACAAAGGCGGGGCACAGCUCUUUGUUCCUGCUGGAAGGUGGCUCACUGGGAGUUUUAGUCUUAUCAGUCAUCUCACAGUUUCACUCGACAAGGAUGCAGUAAUUAUUGGAUCUCCAGAUUCAUCUGACUGGCCAAUUAUUGAUCCUCUCCCAUCCUAUGGGCGUGGUAGAGAACUCCCUGGUAAAAGACAUCAAAGCCUAAUUUUUGGUUCCAAUCUAACUGAUGUCAUAAUAUCUGGUGCUAAUGGCACUAUUGAUGGCCAAGGAGAAAAUUGGUGGAACUGGUUUCACAACCACACAUUGAAUUAUACCAGGCCACCUCUCCUUGAAUUUAUGUACUCGACCAGAGUUGUUGUUUCUAAUUUAACCUUUAAAGAUUCUCCAUUUUGGAAUAUUCAUCCUGUAUACUGCAGCCAAGUGCUUGUCCAACAUCUCACGAUCCUAGCACCCAUCAGUUCACCGAACACCGACGGAAUUGAUCCAGAUUCAUCCACAAAUGUCUGCAUCGAAGAUUGUUACAUCCGGAAUGGUGAUGACAUAGUCGUCAUCAAGAGUGGGUGGGACGAGUACGGCAUUUCUUUUGCUCAUCCUAGCUCCAAUAUUAGCAUCCGUAACAUCAUUGGACAGACAAGGAGCAGCUCAGGAAUCGCCUUAGGAAGCGAGAUGUCAGGUGGCAUAUCAGAGAUCCGAGCUGAGGGAAUCCACAUCAUCAAUUCGGUGCAUGGGAUCAGAAUCAAGACCGCGCCAGGGCGUGGCGGGUACGUGAAGAAUGUUUACAUAGCUGAUGUGAGAAUGGAUAAUGUUUCAAUAGCCAUCAGGGUUACCGGAAACUAUGGUGAACAUCCUGACGAUAACUAUGACAAAUAUGCGCUCCCAAUCAUAAGCAAUAUAACUAUCAAGGACGUCGUUGGUGUCAAUAUUGGGGUCGCAGGAAUGUUCCAGGGUAUCCAGGGGGACAGCUUCAGCAAUAUUUGCUUAUCAAAUGUUACUCUCAGUGCCAAAUCUAUGAGUCCAUGGAAUUGUUCACUUGUAGAAGGGUACUCAGAUUCUGUUUCUCCAGAAAUAUGUGAGCAACUUCGAAGCAAUCCUGGGCCAGGCCAAGUAUGCUACGACGGUAGUAACUAUCUAACACCAGCAGCAGUUCAGCCGCAUGUGCCACAGAAGUCAGGUUCUAACCGGUUGUUAAGUCCCUUCCAUAGGUUGGCUUCUCUGUAAGAGGCACCAAUUGUUUAUAUUCUUUUGUGCGUCAGAUUUUGUAUUCUGUUGUGCGUCAGAUUUUGUAUUCUGUUGUGCAUCAGAUUCUGGAAGUGUUUUUAGCCUGCUAUGUAGUGAAGAUAAACUGUUGCUGUGCUGUAAUAUUGUUAUAUCCUACAUGUAAAUGUUUUUUUCAACAGAA